GGGGUUUUCUGCAGGCAGGAGUGACGGAGAGCUGGGUGAUCGCAGCCACUGGGGUGAUCGCAGCCACUGGGGUGAUUGCAGCCUCUGGGGAAAUCGGUGGAUGAAUGGCCGGGAACUGCACUCUCAAGGCGGAGGCUCACGGAUUUACGGAGCUGCCACUCAGAUCGUUCUUGUUGUAAGCAGGGAACCCUACGCUUGGCCGACGUGCCAUCAUGGGUUGCAGGCAUGUUGCUGGCUGCUUCUUGCUCUUGGCUUUAACGGCUGGCCUGACCAGCGGCAUGGAAUCUCCCUGCCCUGAUGAUACGAGCGUUUUGGAUGUCUAUAAUCGCUGGAGCCAGUCGUCCUAUGCCGUCAACGGACCGCAAGGACGCGUCAACGUCAUGCUGCAACUCAAUCGAAACGGCAAGGGUGUUGUUUUUGGCGGCCUCAUGGAGCCAAGCGAUUACUUUACGGAUGCAACGUCCCCAAAAGAUGCAUGGCACAUUGACUUUAGCAACAACCGCUGGACUCCCAUCGCCAUCCUCGAGGAUCUUAUCCGCUACUCUUAUGCCACAGCCUUUGCUGACCAUGAAGAAAACGACUUGCUCUUCUUCUUUGGAUGCGCCAACGGCACAUCGCCCGUUUGUUUCAACGACACAUUGAUUUACGAUGCGGCUGACCACAUCAUCGCUCCCUAUCAAACUGACGCGGAAAACAGUGAGAUUCCCGUUUCACGCUCAGAUAGUGCGGUGCAGUUGAUAUAUGAUAGCGAGCCUUUGAACCGCAGCUGCCAUCUCGUUUUUGGCGGUGCCAGUCUGGUCAGUGCCAUGAAGGACACCUGGCUCUUUUCCAAUGGUGCUUGGACCUCGGUGUCCUGCACGACGGACUGCCCCCCGGCUCGGGCAGGUGCUUACCUCAUGAGCGAUCGAAAGCACCCGGGCCAAGUCAUAAUGACGAGCGGUACUGAUUGGGAAACUACCUAUUAUGAUGAUGUCUGGCGCUUUGAUCUCAAUUUGUCAGCCCCCUACUGUUCUGACGGCCAAUGGACCCGCAUCGGAAACGCGACUGCCAUUGGGUACAGCGCCUCGGACCUUCCACAAUACACCACCGGUCCAUUUCAGAACAAGAUGGCCUUUUGGAAAUAUGGAGUCACACCCCUUGGGUCACGCUCCUUGCAGUAUCUGUCCAUACCAGAUGAGGCUUGGCAAAAAAACUCGACCAACGUCACGGGCAUGCUCUGGCGAGAGAUUCCCGUCAAAGAUCUCAGCGACAAGCCUAAUCCCCGACAGUGGUCCACCAUCGCCUACAAUCCCGCCACCAUGAGCAUCAUUCUUUGGUCCGGCUAUACCGGCGUGGUGACUGAGAAUGACUUGUGGCAAUUUGACAUCAGUGUUGGAUACUGGCGCCAACUCAACUAUAACUACAACGGCCUCGAGUCUUCCAUUGAGGUGGCCUCGGCCUCUUAUUUUCCCGACGGUUACCUUUUUGGCGGAGCCAAUGUCUUUGGCACAUUGAGCCAUAAAGUCACAGCUCGAGCCAGUCAUUUAGCUGUGACCCUACCUACUUCCAAGCCUGCCAACACGACCUUCUGCCCUGAUUUGGAUAUCUUUGACGAGAUCGGCAUGCUUUUUGUAUAUGGAGGAUUCAGUACGCGCCUGACUGUGGCCUGGGACUUUUGGUCCGAGUUUGUCACGGAUUCGUUUGGUUACUACUACAGCUCGGCAAAUCCUGAAGUUGGCUGCUGGCGUGAAGAAGUCACGACCGGCGCCAUGCCGACCGUAUUUGCCACUGGCGCAUGCAAGUCUCAUACUUGCAUCGCUUGCCCCAACGGCACAACGACGGCGGACGUCGGAGCUUCAGCACUCGCCAAUUGCUCCGUGUGCGUGACCAACGACUGCCGUCAUGGCAGUUGCUUGGUAAACAGUGACAUGAAGACUGUGUGUCACUGCACUUCUGGCUACUAUGGCGACCGCUGCACAAUCAGCAUUGCUUGGGUAUCUGCUGCCAUAGCCAUUGGCGUUGUCGUGUUUGCGUCUAGCUGCUGUGGACUGGUUAUCUGUGUGCGUCGCUACCAUGUCGAAAAUCGUCGCCAGUAUUCGCUUCUCGAGGAGACCAAGGAAGAAGUGGUUCGCCUCAAAAAGAUUUGGGAAAUUCCGUUCGGCGAGCUUGAAUUUGAGCGUCGUAUCGAUAACGAGUCAAAAGGCGCUUUUGGCGAGGUCUGGCUGUGUCAGUGGCAAGAUCGCUCAACAGCUGUGAAGCGUCUGCAACGACAUGCCUUUGAAUAUGACGAACAAGCCGUGCAGGACUUUGAUAAGGAGAUGACCGUGCUCCGUGAGCUUCGGCAUCGCAACAUUACGGAGGGGACGCUUUUAUGGUCAGCACCCGAGGUGCUGGAAGGCAAUCGGGUGACCAUGGCGGCAGACGUUUACAGUGGUGGCGUGAUUGGCUUGGAACUGCUGACUCGUCGCGAGCCAGUGGAUCAUCUUGCCAAGGCAUCACCCUGGGCGACGCGUGAUGCCAUUUUGGCUGGCGAUGUCAUGCGGUUUGAGCUGACGCCCGGCAGUGAAACCGAUUCCUUUGGGUCACGCUUUGCCGCCGACAUGUGGACACACCCAGAGGAGGCACAGGAUUUUGUUGCACUGUGCCGCAGUUGCAUGGCAGCGGCUGAUGAGCGUCCCACCUACGAGAGCGUGGCGCAAGUACUGGUCAAGCUUGCCACCCUGGCCAACUAAGAAGCAACAGUUCUUGUCUUUGAAGUGGGCCGUUGAUGGCAAGCUUGCAAUCCUUGUCAAUCCACCCUCUUGAU